AUGUCACCCUUCUAUGACACUCUUAUCCAUGAAAUGGAAACCAGCGACACUUCCCAGUAUGUCGCCGGUUUGGAGAGGCACAUUUGUCGCCUUCAGCAGAUACUGAGAGAAUGGACACCUUACGUCCCCCAGCAUAUCAUUGUGCGAUCUCAACUUCCACUUGAAAUCGACACAACUCAUCUUCCCCAACCUCCGAUACCUUUGGACCCUUCAUGGGCAACAUUCAUUGCAUCUUAUCAGAAAUUCUUGCUAGGUGCGCUUUGUCACGUUGCAUGUUGCCUCGGCAAGGACCCAAAGUCUGUGGACAAGAUGAUGGGGUUCAUCUCGAAAGGAGGGCCCGAUCACCUUCAGGAACUUCGGCAUGGAGCGGCUUGGGGGGUUGAGGCAAUUGAUCGCCUCCAAACAGAGAGCGAUUGGGAUAUCAGAAGUGGUGAUAUUUUGUUCUACUUUACCCCAACCUUUACUUCUUUAAGGUACUGGGCGAAAGCAAACAAAUCGAUGUCCAUAUUUACCACCAGUCUGAAAGGCGAUCAAUAUACAAAGAGCCCGGUGGAUUUGCACUCAAACCAUCUCUCAGUUCCGUGCAUAAUUAAGUGCAUAUUCGGCAAGAGUGUCCGUCUCUCCGACGUGUGUAAGGUUCUCCACUGCAAUUUUGAUAUUGCACGAAAAUCAUUUGCAAAAUGGUACCUAGAGCCAUUUGGUUCAGAUGUCAUGGAUGAUUCGGAGAGACAAAGGCUCUUCUCUCCCAUGACACAGUUCACUCUCCACGGAGAGGCUGACUACCGGACUGAAAUCCAAAUAGGAAGGGACUCGCAGCCUAAAAGAGGUUCCUUGCGCGAAGCGCAGAAAAGACGACGUAUUAGCAGCGGGACCAGUUCAAAUCUAGAAGAAGACCUGUCUCCUAUUCCUAACCUGUCUGCCAAUGCGCAAGUGCAGACAACUCUUGACGAAUGCCCCGAGCAUUCCCUUCUAAAUCAAUCCGGUGAGCCUUCAGGAAAAGAUCCAUCGACAUGA